AUGCCUUAUUCCACCGGUUCGAGCGACUCGGGCUACUGCUGUGUGCGUAGAUCAAAGUAUGAACCAGAUGGAUCCACUACGGCAAGUUCGGAUCGCGCGACAAGCAGCAUCACCGACGAGGAUGAACCCGUGCGCUGUGCGCCUCGCCGAGGAGGCGGUCAGUUCACGCGAAUCGCUCGCGGCAAAUCGAGGCGUUUACGGAAAAAGACGAUGCCGCACAGCGACACGAGUUCGCGAUCAAGCUGCUCAAGCAGUGAGGUGAACUCGUUGACUGGCGAAGAAGAAAGGAGACACACACUGUCACGGGAGGACAUCGUGAAGAAAGUCUAUGUGUACUUCCAGUCGCUUUUGGUGAACGUAAGGAGACAACAGAAGUUUUUCGAGCAAAUCGGUGGUCUAAUGGCAGACGCCGAUGCUCGUUGGGGUGCCGGAGGACUGCGCAAAGGAUGGGUGGAUCCGGCAGGAUGUUUCGCGCCUUACGGUUUCGGUGAUCCGUCGAAACCGACUGCUUUUCCUGGUUGUUGGGCUGUUCCGCAUCCAGCGGUGCAUCUGGCUUUGCUUUCAUCCAAUCUCCGCGAUUAUUUGGAAUUUCUGUCGUGGCUUUACCCGGGAAUUGUCGGUCGAGCAUCGGCGGGUAGCGCUCGGGACGAUGUAGCGCAGCAACGUGCACGAGGGCCUGAAAUGGGUAUUUCCGAGGAUAUUCUACCAAUUUUGAUGCAAUUACUGCAGCAGAUGGGUCCUAUGAAUGUCGCUGCUGCGGUACCACCGAAUUCAGCUACUCCUAUGGAUGAAGCGAUGUUACGACAGGAGAAAAUGCGCCAUUUGCAGCAAGCUGCAGCCGGAAGCUGGAGCGUACAACCGGCGCUGAUGCAGCAAUUAGUGACUCAACUGACUCAGAUGCAAUUCGCACAACAGCAGCAACAACAAGGGCAACAGUCGGUUGCCACCGCCGCUGCAUCAAUGAAGAAGACGUCAUCUGGAGUAGUCUCGACGCAGUUGCACACAUCGCCGACGAAAGCAUCGGCAGCAGACACGACGACGAGGCAGCCGAACGAAUUCUACUCAACAGUGGUAGCACGGCGCCCAUCGAUGUCGGGAUGUGAAUCCGGAGGCGGAGGUACUUCGAAAUCGUCGAACUCAUCAGUGCGAAAUUUAACGGCAGCAACGACGAAGUUGGAGCGAAAAGCACGUCCGACAGCAACAGUGGAAAAUGGAACGGUGACAGUGUUACCAUUAAGAGAUGACACAAAGACGCCUUGUGGCGAAAGUGGGUACCAGAGUGAGUCAUCGCCGCCGCUGCCCGUUGAUUCGCCACGUUCGGUUCCAAAGAGCCCGUCGACGGUGGCGGCGUGUGGUUCGUCGAUAGCAGCCGGAAAACCGGUCAAUUCUUCGUUAUCAGCCGUGAACAACUCGUCCGGUGCACAAUCGUUUGCCGCCGCGGCAGCCUCCGGUCUCUCGUCCAACGUUGCCGCGACACCGGUCGCAGCUAACGCCACCGUCGAAGAAUCAGUAGCUGCGGCUAGCACCACUUUCGUACCAAACGGCUUUGCCAGUGGUACGACAGAGGGACCGCAGACGACGUUCAGCUGUCCGCAAAUAAAUCGCGGAGUGCAGUUUGAGAUAUCUGAGAUGGAUGUGUUAAGCGAAGAGAUAUGGCAUUAUCAUAAUUCGGUUACACAAUCAGAGAAGAUGCUCAACAGAAAACUGCACCUGCGUGACAUGCUGUACUAUUCCAUAUGUCCAGUAUUCCCAAUGUGUGGUUUGUAUGUGGUUGGAUCGUCAUUAAAUGGUUUUGGCAACAACACGUCCGAUAUGGAUUUGUGCUUGAUGAUCACCAAUAAGGAUCUCGAUCAGAAGACCGAUGCAGUGGUCGUACUGAACAUGAUCCUAAGCACAUUACAACAUACGGAAUGGGUAUCGCAUCAAAAGUUGAUACUUGCUAAGGUGCCAAUUCUUCGGAUAAAGUUCGCCGCACCUUUUUCCGAUAUUACUGUGGAUUUGAAUGCGAACAACUCCGUUGCCAUUAAGAAUACGCAUUUAUUGUGCUAUUAUUCCUCUUUUGAUUGGCGAGUUCGACCACUCGUGUCUGUGGUAAAGGAAUGGGCGAAACGCAAAGGCAUCAACGAUGCGAAUCGAUCUUCAUUCACCAGUUACUCGCUUGUGUUAAUGGUUAUACACUAUUUGCAAUGUGGUACUGAACCAGGGGUGCUUCCAUCGUUACAACAAAUGUUUCCAAGACGAUUUGCGAACAAAUGUGACGUACGAACGCUGAAUGUGACGUUACCGUUGGACACACCUGCCACUUCGGAAUGGCACUAUUCGGACAAGUCAACGCUUGGCGAAUUACUUAUUGGAUUCUUGGACUACUAUGCAAAUAAAUUCGAUUAUGAUCGCGAUGCCAUCUCUGUGCGACUCGGAAAGCGAAUAGAUCGUGCAGUUAUUGCACGGCAACGACCGAAUGGCGGCUACCAACAAAACGGAGCAAAUUGGCGAUCACAAUGGCGAUGUAUAUGCAUUGAGGAGCCUUUCACCUACUCCAACACAGCCCAUUCGAUUUACGACGAAAUGGUUUUUGAUGCCAUUAAAUCGGCUUUCCGAGAAGCACACCAAGAGCUAGAUUCGACUAGAGACUUAAAACGGUUGCUGAACUGCAAACCAAUCACGGUUAAUGCGCCGAUGGGAGGAGCCAUGGUGUAUGUUUCGUCGUUCAACUCGACACGCGAUGCAUCUACAGGCUCAGCGACCGGCGAAUCACCAACGAGCGGUGCCUCCAGACGGUCAACGCCACGAGGAAGCAGCUCAGCAAGCAGCAUAAGUACAGCACGUAGCGGAGCUAGUAGUAGUGGCAGUUCAAGUUCGAGCGAUUACGGCGAUGAGCAAGACCAUGAUCGGUUCGCUGAUGUGUCUGAUGUAGCCGGUGUUCCACUUCGACGACACUCGACACGGGCCCGUCGGUUAGCACGUGCAACUGGCGGCGGGAAUGGAGCUGUCUGA